AUGGAAGGAAAACGGAUAGAGAAACAAAAAGCAUUCAAAUGUAUAGCGGAAAAAUUUGACACAACCGAGGCUGAAGUUCAACGGAAACUACAUAAUCUUCGUACCCAAGCAAAUCAGGAGUGGAACAAAAUUAAAAAGAGAAAAAGUGGUCAAGGUACUGAUGAGAUCUAUUCAAGUUCGUGGGAAUAUUUUGAAUCACUAAAAUUUCUUGUUGAUCAAAAUAUGACAUCAGGGAGCGAGGAUAAUUUAGUGGAGCUUAGGAAAAAAAGCCUGUCUUUAAGCGAUGAUCUUUCUAAGGAAGAUCGAGAAAGAAUAAAUAUUUUAAGACAAUAUCAGAAAACCGCCAGAGAAAAAGAUUUAGAUGUAGAUGGUCGAAAAUCAUAUUCAAUAGAUGAAUUAGAAGAGAGAUCUGGAAGCGAAGAAGAAAACUACUAG